AUGACCACCACCGUCGUCUCUACCCCCGUCCCUGCCGGCGUUGACAAGGCCCGCGUCCUCGCCACCAUCCACAACCACGAGCUCAUGGUCAAGACCCUCUGCCCCGACCUCAUCUCCCACAAGCUCGAGUCCGGCUCCGAGGCCAUCGGCCAGACCGCCGUCUACUCCGUCACCGACAAGAAGCCCAUCGGCCAGACCACCUACCAGCUGAGCAUCACCAACCUCGAGGACGGCGUCGACACCCUCGUCAACGCCAAGCCCCCCGUCGGCACCCUCGUCAUCAAGGGCAACUGGCGCGUCGUCGAGGAGGCCACCGGCCUCGUCCUCCGCGAGCAGGUCGACAUCGACGCCAACGUUCUCAUGAAGAAGAUGGCCAAGAGCAACGUCGAGAAGACCCACCCGGGCCAGCACGAGGUCCUCCUCGUCCAGGCCGGCAAGGCAUAG